AUGGCAGAAGUAACGUCCCGCUUCGCCUCUCACAACCAACAAUCCGAUUUCUACUCCAGCGAAACAGCACCCACUACCCGCUCCAUGCAUUCCUCGCGACUAUCUUCCCGUCGCUCCAGCGGCGCCGGCUCUUCCACCCUCCAAUGGCUCGCCAACCUCUUCCACGGCCGCAGAUCCCCAAACCCCUUCACCGAGAAGGAAAAGCAAGACCCUCUUCUGCCCAAAUCCCGCACGAGUUCGCCCUCCCGAUCCCUCGACGUCGAAUCUCAAGCGAGCACACUGCUGGGAGUCGAGAGAGAAGUGUCGAGAUCUACAAAGAGCCGCGUCGAUGCGAGGGUCAUUUCGGAUGCGAUAAUAGGGCUUUCCGAUGGCCUUACCGUUCCUUUUGCUCUGACGGCCGGCCUGUCGACCAUGGGGAGUACCAAAGUGGUGAUAUUCGCUGGCUUGGCGGAAUUGACGGCCGGCGCGAUUUCCAUGGGUUUGGGAGGUUAUCUUGCGGCCAAGAGUGAAGAGUACGUUUCUCCCCUAACACCAUGGAGGCAGCUGUCCAUCUGACGUGUCCACAGGGAAUCGUACAAAGCCACCCUCUCCGAUACCCGCACCCUGGUCUCCCGCUCUCCAGAGGAAACAACAGACACCAUCCGCGAAGUAUUCGAACCCUACCAUCUCCCUCCCUCCCUCACAGAGGACUUGGCAUUUCACCUUUCCAACUCUCCAAACGUGGUGCAGUUCCUCAUGCAUUUCCAACAGAACUCCCCCGAGCAAGCAGCUUCCCGCGCUUUCACAUGCGCGCUCACAAUAGCAUGCGGCUACUUCCUGGGCGGCUUCCUUCCUCUGAUCCCAUAUUUCCUUGUGGGAAACGAUCAGGUUUUGUUCGCGCUGUACUGGUCUUUUGCCUUCAUGGCGCUGAGUCUGUUCUCUUUUGGAUACGGGAAGACGUGUUUCGUUUCAGGAUGGACAGGACCGAAGAAUAUUUGGGAAGGAACCAAAGGUGGUUUCCAGAUGAUGUUGAUUGGAGGAACAGCAGCCGUCUGCGCUAUGAGUUUGGUUCGGUUAUUUGAUUCUCUUGCCGCGUGA